AUGCUGCUUCGUAAAGUAAGCCAGUCCUCCGCACUGUGCGGCUCCAUUCUGCGGAUCCCUGCCGGGCUGUCCAGAGGUCAGCGUCAUGCCGGGGCCGUCGUUGCUGUACAGAACCCCCGUCUCUACGCGAGCCAAGCCGCGGAGGCGGUGCUGGAGAAGACGGCCGCAGUCGGCAGUAACACUGCUGCUAAAGUGGAAAAGACAAUUUCUACCGAAUCCAAAUCGUAUGCUGUCAACAUUUUCAAGGGGCAGAUCGAGACUGCCCAGGUUUUCCCUUAUCCCUCAGCCCUGAAUGAAGAGCAGGAGCAGUUCCUCCGGGAGCUUGUUGGGCCCGUCGACAAAUUCUUUUUGGAAGUGAACGAUGCCGCCAAGAACGACGCCUUGGAGAAGGUCGAGGACGACACCAUGCAGGGCCUGAAGGAGAUGGGCGCCUUUGGCCUGCAGGUGCCCUCUGACCUGGGCGGCCUCGGCCUCUCAAACACGCAGUACGCACGGCUGGUCGAGAUCGUCGGCACCUACGACCUCGGCGUCGGCAUCACCCUGGGAGCCCACCAGUCCAUCGGCUUCAAGGGCAUUCUGCUCUUUGGGAAUCCGGCCCAGAAGGAGAAGUACCUCCCCAAGCUCGCCACUGCCGAGACUAUCGCAGCCUUCUGCCUCACCGAACCGGCCAGCGGCUCAGACGCCGCCUCCAUCAAGACCACAGCUGUUCAGUCGUCGUGCGGCAAGUUCUUCACUCUCAACGGGAGCAAGAUCUGGAUCAGCAACGGCGGUCUGGCUGAGAUCUUCACGGUGUUCGCCAAGACACCCAUGAAGGACCCCAAGACGGGGGAGAUGAAGGACAAGAUCUCUGCCUUCGUGGUGGAGAGGAGCUUCGGAGGAGUGACGAGCGGCCCCCCAGAGAAGAAAAUGGGCAUCAAGGCGUCGAACACCGCCGAGGUCUACUUUGACAACGUCCGCGUGCCUGCUGACUGCCUGCUGGGCGAAUUGGGCGAAGGCUUCAAGGUGGCCAUGAACAUCCUGAAUAACGGGCGCUUCGGCAUGGCCGCCGCCCUCUCCGGCACCAUGAAGGGAGUCAUCAACAAAGCUGUGGACCACGCAGCCAACAGAACCCAGUUCGGAAACAAGAUCCACAACUACGGCGUCAUCCAGGAGAAGGUGGCUCGCAUGGCCAUGCUGCAGUACGUCACCGAGUCGAUGGCGUACAUGAUCAGCGGCAACAUGGACAGCGGAGCCAAGGAAUUCCAGAUCGAGGCGGCCAUCAGCAAGAUCUUUGCCUCUGAGGCUGCGUGGACUGUGACUGACGAGUGCGUUCAGGUUAUGGGCGGCAUGGGUUACAUGAAGGACACCGGCCUGGAGAGAGUGAUGAGGGAUCUGAGGAUUUUCCGAAUCUUCGAGGGCACCAACGACAUCCUGAGGCUCUUCGUGGCCCUCAACGGCUUCCAGAACGCUGGUAACCAGUUGAAGAGCUUGCAGAAGGCCCUGAAGAACCCCAUCGGCAACGCCGGGAUGCUUGCUGGAGAAAUCGCCAAAAGAGCCAAACGAAAGGCCGGUCUGAGCACGGGUCUGACUCUGCAGGGAACCGUCCACCCCGAGCUGGCUCAGAGCGGAGAACUGACCGCUAAGGCCAUCGAACAGUUUGGAGGUGUCACAGAGGAGCUGCUGCUCAAACACGGGAAGAAGAUCAUUGAUGAACAAUUUGUCCUGAGCAGAGUGGCAGACUGUGCCAUCGACCUCUACGCCAUGGUGGUGGUCCUGUCCAGGGCUUCACGCGCUCUGAGUGAGGGCAGCGCCUCGGCUCAGCAUGAGAAGAUGCUGUGUGAGACCUGGUGUGUGGAGGCCCACGAGAGGAUCCUGAGAGACAUCAAGUCGCUGCGCUCCAGUCAGUCCCGACAGCUCUACAAGAACAUGCGGGCCAUCUCUGCCGCCGUGGUGGAGAACGGUGGAGUGGUGGCUCCUCCCGCUCUGGGUUUCUAGCCUCGCCCCGUGUACCUCUUGUUUCCCUCUCUUCACUCUUCUGCAUCUCUGGCCGAGUUCAGGGUCCCGCACGCCAAGUUGUCUCAGUCGCCAUAAUCUCUUUCGUCCUCGUGCCGGAAAUCGCAGCUUCCGUCGUCUCCACUCGGGAUUGAUUUUUGGCGUCUUCGCAAACCAGUUUCUCUCUCUAACUUCCAUCAGUUUAAUGGCGAGACUUGUGAAUGAAUCGAUACGACGGAAAGUACUGUAUUUUCACAAAUGAGCCCCGCACGUGAAACAGCUGCUGACUGAAUGUAUCCAGUGUGUGUGUGGAGCUUUUAACCGCUGCGUCGACUUUGAAUCUCUGCCUUUGUUUUAACGGUUUAGUGGUUUCAUCGUUCAGUCCGUUGACCGGUUAAGUUAUGGUGUUAUUUGUCUGUUUAAUAGGAAACUAAAACCGUUGAUGCAACUUAGAGAUAAAGAGGCCAGUUAACAGAGGAUCUAAUCUAGGUUUUUAGCUAUUCACUAACCGGUAUUUAAAAAGACUGGCUUGUGUUCAAAUGUAUAUAACGUCUGGGUGUUAUUGUACUUUAGGCCUUUCUGCAGGUCAAUGGAGCUCACUCAGCGCUCGUUAAUGUCACAAGCAAAACCUUUUGCCUUCAGAAGCCGGUGUGCAGACGUCAGUUUACCAGAUCAAAAGAAAACUGGGCAUCAUUAACUAAUGAUAGAGUAACAGUCUGCAUAUCUGGUCCUUUUUAAGUAAUGUGUUGUACAAUAAAUGCACCCGCUGGUGUUCUGAUCUGUCAAAGCAACCUUAAGAUCUGCGCAUUCUCGCCUCGCACGGUGAUCGAAUGCCUCUCGUGUUAUCUGGUUGCUAUGUUUGGAGUCAAUGUCUGCGCAGAUCUAUUUUGAACUUUUUGGUUUGCGGCACACCUACGGGUCGGGACUAAUAAAAAUCGUGUGCAUUAA